AUGUUUGAAGAGGACAUCUCAGCGGACACAACGACCCCCGCGUCGGGCAGUGCACACAAGAACAACAAACCCAGACAACAGCCUGAAGAUGAGCCUGAAGUCCUGUCAGAAGGGUCGCCCGGUCGACUCCGCACAGAGACCUCCCUGCAUCCCCGGACCGAGCCACGCAGAUCCAGGGGCCCAUAUAGGGCCGACCCAGGGGCCAAACCAGGGGCCAAACCAGGGGCCAACCCAGGGGCCACCCAGGGGCCAAACCAGGGGCCACCCAGGGGCCAAACCAGGGCCACCCAGGGGCCAAACCAGGGGGCAAACCAGGGGCCAAACCAGGGCCACCCAGGGGCCAAACCAGGGCCACCCAGGGGCCAAACCAGGGCCACCCAGGGGCCAAAACAGGGCCACCCAGGGGCCAAACCAGGGCCCAAACCAGGGCCAAACCAGGGGCCAAACCAGGGGCAAAACCAGGGCCACCCAGGGGCCAAACCAGGGGCCAAACCAGGGCCACCCAGGGGCCAAACCAGGGGCCAAACCAGGGCCACCCAGGGGCCAAACCAGGGCCAAACCAGGGCCACCCAGGGGCCAACCCAGGGGCCAACCCAGGGGCCAACCCAGGGGCCAAACCAGGGGCCAAACCAGGGGCCCAAACCAGGGCCAUCCAGGGGCCAAACCAGGGCCACCCAGGGGCCAAACCAGGGCCACCCAGGGGCCAACCCAGGGGCCAACCCAGGGGCCAAACCAGGGGCCAACCCAGGGGCCAAACCAGGGCCAUCCGGGGGCCAAACCAGGGGCCAAACCAGGGGCCAAACCAGGGCCAUCCAGGGGCCAAACCAGGGGCCACCCAGGGGCCAAACCAGGGGGCAAACCAGGGGCCACCCAGGGGCCAAACCAGGGGGCAAACCAGGGGCCAAAUCAGGGCCACCCAGGGGCCAAACCAGGGCCACCCAGGGGCCAAACCAGGGCCACCCAGGGGCCAAACCAGGGGCCACCCAGGGGCCAAAUCAGGGGCCAACCCAGGGGCCACCCAGGGGCCACCCAGGGGCCAAACCAGGGGCCACCCAGGGGCCAAACCAGGGGCCAAACCAGGGCCACCCAGGGGCCAAACCAGGGGCCAAACCAGGGCCACCCAGGGGCCAAACCAGGGCCACCCAGGGGCCAAACCAGGGCCCAAACCAGGGGCCAAACCAGGGGCCAAACCAGGGCCACCCAGGGGCAAAACCAGGGGCCAAACCAGGGCCACCCAGGGGCAAAACCAGGGGCCAAACCAGGGCCACCUAG